AGUUGCCCGAACACCUGCAGCUCCAAAUGUCACCCUGCUGGGUCGAUGGCCAGUGUAACCAGGUCUGUGGGAAACAAUAAAAAUGGCACAGAAAACAAAGCCCCGCUGCCCAGCGCACCCCAUCCAGCCCUCUCCACCAGUGUCUCCCCCUCCUCCCACCCCAGUUGGGCAGAUAUAUAAAGCCAGCACAAGUCCCUGUUGCAGCCACAGCAAGACACAGAACGGAGCCAGGAGGAUGGGAGAAGCAAAUAGACAAGGCAGCGCCGUGCCCCUGCUCUGCACCGUGGGUGCCCUCCUGGCCCUCCUGGUCCCUGUAGAGCCCACCAGGGCCCCCGACUGUGGGGGCAUCCUCACCCCACUGGGACUGAGCUACCUUGCUGAGAUCUCAAAGCCACAUGCAGAGGUGGCCCUCAGACGGGACCUGAUGGCCCAGAGAGCCUCAGACCUGUUCCUUGGCUCCAUGGACCCCAGCAGGAGCCGAAUUUCCUCUGUCAAAGUGGUUGACCUGAAGCUUUCGCUCAUCCCAGAGGCCGGGCUGCGGAUGGGCAUCAAGGCGGAGCUGCGCAUCGCACCCCUGCAUGCCGUGCCCAUGCCGGUGAGGGUCUCCAUCCAGGCUGACCUCCACGUGGACAUGGGCCCUGAUGGCAACCUGCAGCUGCUGACCUCCGCCUGCAGACCCACUGUGCAGGCACCGAGCACCAGGGAGGCAGAAAGCAAGUCCUUCAGAUCCCUCCUGGACAAAGAGGUGAAUGUUGAUAAGCUUUGCUUGGAUGUCUCCAAGUUGCUCCUUCUUCCAAACGAGCAGCUGAUGUCGCUGACAGCUCCUUUUCCCGUCACCCCCAGCUGUCAGCUCCAGUACCUGCCACUGGCUGCCCCUGUGUUCUCCAAGCAGGGCAUCGCCCUGUCCCUGCAGACGAUAUUCCAGGUGGCGGGGGCAGCUGUCCCUGUGCCAGUCAGCCCCGUGCCCUUUAACAUGCCUGAGCUGGGGAGCACCAGCACUUCCCAUCUCAUCCUGGCUAUGUCCAAGCACUUCUACACCAGCCUCUACUUCACCCUGGAGAGAGCUGGAGCCUUCAAUAUGACCAUCCCCAGCAUGCUGACCACUGCCACGCUGGCACAGAAGAUCACUCAGGUGGGCUCCCUGUACCAUGAGGACCUGCCCAUCAUGCUGAGCGCCGCGCUCCGAAGCUCUCCUCGAGUGGUGCUGGAGGAAGGCAGAGCAGCUCUGAAGCUCUUCCUCACUGUUCACAUUGGGGCAGGCUCACCUGAUUUCCAGAGCUUCCUGAGUGUGAACGCGGAUGUGACCACAGGACUGCAGCUCAGCGUCUCCGACACACGGAUGAUGAUCUCCACAGCAGUGAUAGAGGAUGCUGAGCUCAGCCUGGCUGCCUCCAAUGUGGGCCUGGUGCCGGCUGCACUGCUGGAGGAGCUGUUCCUGGCCCCCGUCUGCCAGCAGGUGCCGGCGUGGAUGGAUGAUGUGCUGAGGGAAGGCGUUCACCUGCCCCACCUGUCCCGCUUCACCUACACCAACGUCAGCGUUGUGAUCCACAAGGAUUACGUCCUGGUCCCAUGCAACCUGAAGCUGCACAGCACCAUGGCCUGAACCUGCUGCAAUGUAUGGGUGAAAGCAGUGGAAAACCUCUCCGCUUCGUGGAUUUUCACCACAUGAAACACAAAGAAUCUUAUUUCUUAAGUAAAACAACACUUCCCUACAUUUAGGAUAACAGUGGCCUUGCAUUAAGAGUCCUCCUCCUCCAACCCCUAUCUUUGCAUUUUUGGCACAUAAGGAGGAUGGAUUGUAACAAUGUUCCACGCUUUAAUUAAACAUUAAUAUUGCAUUCUCCCAUACGGUAUCGACUAUUUUCCCCCUCAGCGUACCAAAAGAUGGAUGAAUUCCAUCUCAGGGAGCACCAGCACCAAUACUCAGCCCUUAGAUUUCACCCCGGGAGCAUCAAAAUUCCAUUAAUUCCUGUGGAUGCGAGGCAGCCCCGUGCAGCACAGCAUCACCCCUACCCACCACAGACGCUUCG